UUCACACAUCAAGUGAUCAAUUCGCAUGAGUGGUGAUCAAUACGUGUAGUAGUUAUUAUUAUUUUUGUGCAUUAUGAGUCCAAAGUUUUUUGCGUUGUGGGUCGUCGCUGUUCUUGUGUUUGAAUGUGUGCAAUGCAAGCCUGAUCCAGACUGUGGAAGUGAUCAUGGUGGUGAUAAAGGAGGAGGUGGUGAUAAGGGAGGUGAUAAAGGUGGUGACAAAGGUGGCGAUAAAGGUGGUAGUAAAGGGGGUGGAGAUGAUAAAGGUGGCAGCGGCGGUAGAGGCAGUGGAGGAGGCGGCGGAGGAAGUGUUGAGGUGGUCAUUUCUUUCGACAGUCUCGACUGCAAUUCUAAAGAUUUCUUCAACAGCAAACUGAAGCCAAUUUACAACGAAAUGUCAAAAUGUGUCAAAUGGCAUUUUAUUCCUUGUUCCACAUCUCAUAUUGUCGAAGAUGUGCUUCAAUGCAAAGAUGGCGUCGAAGAAUGUAAAAUAGAUGCCCUCCAUGCCUGCGCUGCUCAUUAUUACGAAAAUGACGAAGAGAGUUUGGGUAAAUUUUUCCUUUGCAUGAUGGCUAGUAGUGAUCAAAUAAGCAGUGCUCAGAAGUGUGCUACGAGUUCUGGAUUGGACUGGAAUAAGCUCAAAGGCUGUAAACCAUGCAAUGAGGCAGGAACAUGGUGUGACAAUCGAUUCAAGCAAUUGAAUGCACUGCAUGAACCCAAAAUACCAGGUGUCUUAUUCGAUAUGAAAUAUAAUCAGGAAUCGGAGGCUGCAGCAAUGUCAGAUUUAAAAGGUGCAAUUUGUGAUCAAAUAAAAAAGAAAGGUGGACAGUGCGCCGCAUGUAGUGGUUGUGGAGGUGGAAGUCCAGGUGGUGGAGGUGGCAGUCCUGGUGGAGGUGGCGGUGGCAGUCCAGGUGGAGGAGGCGGUGGUAGUCCUGGUGGUGGAAGCAGUCCUGGAGGCGGCAGUAGUCCAGGAGGAAAACAUAAAGGAGGUGACUGUCCAAGUGGAGGAAGUCCUGGCAGUGGUGGAAGUCCAGGUGGUGGAAGUCCAGGUGGAGGAAGUCCAGGUGGCGGCAGUCCAGGUGGUGGAGAUGAUCCUGGUCCUUCAGGUGGAGGUGUACCAGGUCCACCUCCAUACCCAAUUGGUACUCCUGGAGGUGGUCCGCCGCAUAUCUUUCACACAACAUAG